AUGAAAAUUUUUCUUGAUAUAUUUACCGGUGAUGAAUUAUGCAGCGAUUCAUAUCCAAUGAAACUUAUUGACGACGUUUAUUAUGAAGUUGAAGGCAAAAAUAUCUCAGAAAGUAACGACAUUGAUGAUUCAUUUAUCGGUGGUAAUAAAGCCCCUGAAGACAGUGAAGCGGCUACCGAUGAAGGUGGUGUUUCAUCAUCAACACUAACUGGUAUUAAUGUCAUUUUAACUCAUAAAUUAGUAGAAACACCAUUCGAUAGCGCAAGUUUCAAAGAUUGGUUAAGACUAUAUUCAAAAAAACUUAAACAAUAUCUUGAAGAAAAUGCACCAGAUCGUGUACAACCUUUUCAAGCAGGUAUGACCAAAGUGGCCAAAGAAAUUUUAUCAAAAUUCGACGAAUAUACCUUUUAUCUUGGUGAAAAAAUGGAUUCUGAUGGUAUGGUUGUUCUUCAAUAUUAUCGUGAAGAUGGUUCAACACCUAUCUUCAUCUACUUUAAAGAUGGUCUCCGAGAAGAAAAAUACUAA